AUGGAAACGGAUGAAAGAGUUCAGGAAUUCACCGUCCAAUGUUUGGAUGAUGGAUUCAAUGCGACAUUUAAAUUUCUUAAAUCAUUUGGUGGAAUUAUCACUGUCCGAAGUAAAAAUGCGACGAAAAAUUGUUCGAAAGUUAUUCAAGCGGAACAAUUCGGUGAAGAUAUUGAAAUUCGUGAAGUCCAUUUCUUCAUUAAUUUUAAGCAGUGUGGUGUGGAAGAAACGAUAUCGGUAAAUGCAUCGGAGACGAAUUAUUUGGCACUGGUCAAUGUAAUCCACGACAAAUGGUUAGUAAGUGGCGCAGAUGAGGGAUUUGUUGUACAGUGCUAUCAACCUCAGCAAUCACAAUCACAAGAAGAAAAUUUGCACACUGAUUUGACCUUACAGGGUGAUAGCAAAAUAGCGAAAAUAUUUCCGCUUAAUUCGAUACCGCCAUUAUGCAAUUAUUCAAUUCGAGCAGGUACGUCAAACGGACCGGUUAUUCAGUCCGCCAAACUUGGUGAUACUGUUUAUCACAAAUGGGAAUGUGAACAUAAUCAUCGAACAUCAGAUUUGUACGGACUUCAUAUCCAUGAUUGUUAUGUUGAAUCAGAGAUCAAACAAAAACAUAUCAUUAUUGAUAGAAAUGGUUGUAGUGCAGAUGCAAAUAUUGUUAAUGAUGUGAUAUACUCCGAUGACAAACUUAUAGCAUUUGCGCAUGUCAAAGUUUUUAAGCUUAUCAAUUCGGAACAUUUAUCAUUUCAUUGCAAACUCAGUUUAUGUAUCAAAAAAGCGGAUGGCUGUGAAGGAAUUACACCCUUUCGAUGUCCACGUACUGGUCACAAUGAUUUAUUUGUUUAUCAUCGGAAUAGCCAUAACACGGAAUCUAUUUUGACUGCACUAACUGUUCAAGAAGAAGUGAAAUUUACUGUUAUUCUACCCGUGAAUGCUAAUGAUUCAGCUUUUUCACUUCAAAACAUUAAAAAACUAUCAAAUACAAAUUUAUUUUGAUACAUUACUAAAAUGAAUGGUAAGGAUGAAUUUAUAGCCUCAGAAAGUUUCAAAAGACAUGAAAAUAUUGACUAUAUUACAUCUACCGUAUCCAUAAACGAAGACAGUUUAUCUCCGAUGGAUGAAGGAAUGGAAGAGCGGAAUGAUAUCUGCUAUGGUACAUUACAGUCAGGAAAAGACAGAGUGAAUGAUGACCGCCAUGAUGUGGAUGAUGAUGAUGAUGAUGAUGGAAAUAUCCGUGGUGCCACGGGAAGUGUCCAUGAUGGUGAUGAUGAUGAUGCCAUGGCUCAUCCCAGUCAUCGUCCCACCAGCCAGACGCUGUCACCGACACUGCCAACACAGCUAACAGUAAUGUUGAAGCAAAUCGUACUGAUAUCAUAUCUGCAACACGUUUUAUGA